ACAAUUCUCCCAGAACCACCUGCUGCAGAGAGCUGUGCCAUGAGCUAGGCUGUCAGUACCUCUGGAGUCCCACAACACAGUGACCCAGCGAUGACUGGAAGAAAUGCUGUAUAGAGCUGGGUGUGGAUGUGACAGGUGCUGUUUUUCCAACAACUGUUCCUCAGGGUGGCCGUGCUGCACCAUUGCAGGGAUCCACAGCGUCAGGUGCUGUCACUGCAUAGUCUUUCGUGGUAGAGCCUCCCUUUGCCAACUGAAACCACAAGGUGUUUCCGGACUCACAAGAGUAACAUGAGACAAUGUACACAUAGAAAACACCUGUUUGGUGUGCAAAGUUCAGAAUCAGCCCAUUUCUGAGAACACUAAAACGAAACUAAAUUAGUCUCUUCUCUGCAGAAGCAGCCAUGGCUGCUGCGAAUCCAGCACAACAGCUCCACGCUCAACUGACUUGUUCAGUGUGUCUAGAUUAUUUUAAAGAUCCAGUGUGUCUGGACUGUGGCCACCAUUUCUGCCAGGCCUGCAUCACUCAGCGCUGGGAGGCACUGAGUGCAAACUUCCACUGUCCUGAGUGCAGAGAAACCUUCUCCCAGAGAAACUUCAAACCAAACGGACAGCUAAGGAAUAUUGUAGAAGCAUCCAGAACGUUUACACUGGAGCCAGCAAAAGAACCAGAAGUUGGGACAGUGUGUGAAAAACACAACGAGGAUUUAAAAGUCAUCUGCCAAAAGGAUCAAAUACCCAUUUGUUCGGGUUGCCACGUGUCCCGAGAUCACAGAGAACACGCUGCGGUUCCCAAAGAGGAGGGUGCUGAGGAUUACAAGGACCAAAUUCGGAGCCGUUUGGAGAUUCUGAAGAAAGAGAGAGACGAGAUUUUGUCAUUUAAAUUGAGUGAGGAAAAUAAAAGCCAGGAACUGCUGAAACAGCUAGAAACUGAGAAGCAGAAGAUUGUGUCUGAAUUUCAGCAACUGUGCCAGUUUCUGGAGGAACAAGAGCAACUCCUGCUGGCCCAGUUGGAAGAGCUGAAUAAGGAAAUUGAAAAGAGGAGGGCUGAGUAUGUUGCCAAAUUAUCUGAGGAAAUAUCAUCUUUCAAUUACCUGAUCAGUGAGAUGGAGCAGAAGUGCCAGCAGACAGCAAGUGAAUUCCUGCAGGACAUCAAAGGCACCUUGAGCAAAUGUGAGGGGGAGAAGUUUCAGAACCCAGUGGCCUUUUCUUCGGACCUGAAAUGGAGAAUCUGGGAAUCUUCUCAAAGAACUGCGUCUCUGGAGACCAUAAUGAAGAAAUUCAAAGACUCUCUGUCGUCUAGACAGCGGUUGGACAAAGUGAACGUGACUCUGGAUCCAGACACGGCCCAUCCCCAACUCAUCGUGUCUGCGGAUCGGAAAAGUGUGAGAAGGGGAGACACAUGGCAGGAUCUGCCCAACAACCCUGGGAGAUUUGACACUGAGCUCUGUGUGCUGGGCUGUGAGGGAUUCACCUCGGGCCGACAUUACUGGGAGACAGAGCUAAAGGAAGGCGAAGUCUGUAUUGUGGGGGUGGUCAGAGAGUCUGUGAGCAGGAAGGGAGAUAUCGAUUUUAACCCUGAGCAGGGGAUCUGGGCUGUGCUGUGCAGUGAGGAUCGGUACUGGGCUCUCUCGUCCCCUGAUGAUCUCACCCCCUUCUCCCCGAGCCGGGGACCCCGCAGGAUCCGGGUUUAUCUGGACUAUGAAGAGGGGCGGGUGGCGUUUUUCGAUGCUGGCAACGGGGACCCGAUCGUCACUUUCCCGCCGGCCUCUUUUGCCGGGGAGAGAAUCCGCCCGCUCUUCUCUGGUCCGUUGCUUUUCAUUUCCCUUUCCUCUCUCCUGGGAUCAUGCGCUUAGUGUGCGGCUCACACUGUGUCCCCGAGGUGCCCUGUCCGGCCCCGUGAAACAGGCUCCUCUAGCCCCCACCCUCCUGAUCUCUAUGACCUGGAGGACUCCGCCAGUCCUCCCCCCCGCACAGACAGGGCUGAAGGGAGGUGACGCUCUCCCCAUAGCUCUAUGGCUGUGGAGGUCUGUGUGAGGCGCUCUAGGCUGGGGCUCUAUGCUCCUAGGCCAACUCAGUGUGGAGUUGGGGGGUCGGGGGGGGGAGUCCCACCAAGGGAGGAGAGAGUCCCCCUGUGGGAGGGACCCAGCCGAGGGCCAGGGAGAGACCCGUCAACUGGGGGGACGGGGGGGAAAGCAGCGGGGGAUGCCUGGCUGAAGAGUCGGGGUGGGGGGAAAUGGGGGUGUUUCAAAUCCUGUUAGCUGAUCAUUAUUUGGCCACAACCCGCUGAUAUAUAUUUAAAUACAACUGUCAGCGUGUGUACGGGGUGCGAAGGCUGGAAUUUUCAAAGGAGCCGAAGCGACGUCAGACUCGUUGAUUUCCAGUGGAACUCGUGCUGCUAAGUAACUGCAGGUGGGAUUUUCAAAAGCACCGAAGUCAUGUUUACCAUUGUCUUAGUUUUAAUGUGUUAAUAUAUUUUCUAGAAUAAUGAAUUGUCCCCGUGUGGGCAAACUGCUUGUGUUCUCCUGUUCACCUUAUUAAAGUCCUGCAGUAAAUGGA